CGCGCGGUGAAGCUUGAAACUCGCCACUUUUCUGGGGAGACGCGUCAAUGGUUUUCCGUCCCAUAAGCUCAUCGCUAUCUUCCAGCGGUCCUGGCACAGUUCAUGUGUCCAAAGAGCUUCUGUGCCCAGCUAGGUCCCACAUAUCACACCCAAACAUGCUUCCAUCAAUGCUCACCCGCGAAGACCGGACCCGGUUACUGCGCGAGACCGUGUUGAAAUCCGGCAAUAUCGACGGCCACCCUGCGAUCCGACCGUCGGACCCAGCAGAUCUGGAUGUGCCGUCGAGCCGUAGGGACGCCGAUGCGGGUCUAAGUGGUGUGGAGUCGCUUUUGGAUAAAGCACGCAGGAGGUCGCCAUCGCCAAAGAGACAGAAAGCAGAACCAAUACGGCAGACGAGGGAUCAUGAUUCGGAGCGGAGGGUGACCGAGUUGCAGAAUCGGUUACAGAGGGUCGAGACAGAAAACCGCCAUUUGCACGAAACGAUCAACACUCUACACAUGGACAAUCAGAAAGAGCUAGAUCAGAACAGCCUGCUGAGUUUGGAAGCGUCGCAGGUGCGCGAGAUGUACGACUCGCUGCUGAGCAAGCAUAAGGCGCUUGUGGAGAGCAGGAGUAGAGCGGUGACGGGAGGGCAGAUUUCGGCCGAGGAGUGGAAAGAAGUGAACGAGCGAGUGGACGUCCUCAUCAACGAGAACGACGUGCUGGCCGAACGAAACAAAUCUGCCCAGCGACAGGUCGCCGAACUUGAGGACGAGCUAUCACAAACGAAGAAGCAUGCACAGAAUCAGUCCAUGGAACUUCAACAAGCCCAGGCAUUCAUCAGCACCCUCAAACGAGACCUCAACAACACGAUCGACCGGGCGACGCAAGCCGAACGCAAUGUGAAAGAAUGCGCACACGAGAUCACGGCUGCACAGGUGGAGAAUGAUAAGCUGGUGGAGGAGAUCAGGAGGCGGGAGGUGGAUAUCAAGACGUAUCAAGGGAGGGUGGGUGAUCUGCGGAGGUCUCUGGAAGAGGUGACGACGCGAUAUCAGGCGCAUGUCCGUGAAGCGCAAGCGCUGGCCGCGCGCGAACGAGAUCAACUCAAUAGUCUGAAGAAUAUCGAACUGGAGCGAGAUGAAUACAAGUCCAAGCUUGCAGCCCUCUCUAUUGAGCACGUCAGUCUCCGCGAAAACCAGGACGAGGUGAUCAAGAUCAGCGCCGAAUUCGAGCAGCGGAUAGAUCAGCUGGAGGCGAAGGAGGUGGAGAGUUAUCAGAGCUUGCAGAGUGAAAUCCAGAAAGCCGAAGAAGCAAAGUUGGAGUACGAAAAGGCUCUGAUCCGCGAACAACAGUACCAGUCGGAAAUACAACGACUGAAUGAGAAAUUGCUCGAGUUCCCGCAGCGAUAUAGGGAGCGAACGGAGCAAGAGAUCGCAACAAUGAGGGCGCAGCUGAACUCCGAUAAGCAACAGCUCACAGCAGAGAUCUCAGAUCUGGAAACAAAGUGCUCGCAACUACAGCAUCAAGCCGAUCGAGCUAUCCGCGACAAACGCGCCGCAGAAAGCGAGCUGGAAAAGCUGAGCAGACACAUCCCCGAAGAAGCCGACCGCAUCGCGCUCACAAUCGAAGAGCUGAAUACUCGCCUCAGGAACUCCGAAAGGGAUAAGAGCGCUGCGAUGAACAAACUGGAGAGGUGACGUCGUCCCUUGGUUGAGCACCCCGCACGCUAUGAAACGCUUCCAGCUUGCUAAAAUUUUUGCACGAUCCGA